UCCUCAUCAUCAGCAUCAGCAUCCACAUUCUCACUCUUCUCCCUCAUCUUCAUUAAGUCUCGACUUCUCAGUUCAACUUUCUCCUCCUUUAACGAACGACCAAUCUUCACAAUGGCUUCUAUCCUGUCCGCAAACGAUAUCGGCGCUGUCUACGAGUCCAACAACCAACAGCUCGUCCUCACGGCUCAGGCUAACGGUCAAAUCAUCGGCGCCAAGUUCGCACUUGUCGAAGGCUUUGUUGGUGGCCUGAAGUUCGCCCUGCAAGGUAUUAUCGGCGGCCCGGCCCCGUUCAAAAAAAAAGAGGACAUCACGCCCGUCACUACCAAUUUCCCCAUUCAUCUUCCUCAGGCUCACUUCAACAAUAAGUCUGUCCUUGUUGAAACCGCCGAAGGCCCCAAGACCAUCGAUAUCAAGUACACUGGUCUCGUGGGCCCUGCCCCGGCCGACUUGACCAAGGAUCUCAAAGUCCAGAACACCAGCAUCGGCAGUGUCCUGCCCCCCAUCAACCUCUCCCUCCUCGCCGAGGGCGAGACCUCAUUCACCGCUGUUAUCCCCAAGCCCGAGGGCGACUAUCAGAUUUCCGUCGUGCCCUCUUUCAACGAGCAGCUUCUGAGACUCGUCAACGCCACCGUUCGCAACGGCGUUGUCACCUACACUUUCCGCUGGGCCCAGAUUCCCACCGGGGAUCAGAACCCCCAGCUCAUCAACCUCACUACUACCUACUACAACGGCAUCACUGGUCCUACUGCCCACACCACCAACAUUGUUCAGGGCUACCUUGUUCACCUUGUCGUGCUCCAGAAGUAGAGGAUAAACAGGUCCAUCUUCGCGUAUCUCUAAUCAGCGACCGUGAUCAUCCGAGAAGUCAGCCUUUCGCUAUGUCUGGCGGAAGUUGGUGAGGCUUUUGAAAAGAAAAUGUUGAAAAGGGGACGAUUUCAGUUCUAUUGCCUCACAGAAGGUUUUCUUUAUUCUAGCUAGCUCCGUCUUCAACAACGAAAAUUCCAU